CGCAGUAGAUUAUCGACGCGAAGGGUGUAACACCAAUAAGUGCACAAGUGUUAAUUUCUUAAAUGUCGGCAGACUUGUACAAAUUAGAAUCACGAUAUGGAAUGAGUCUGCCAAAUCUUUCUUCAAAGAAUAUGGGAAUUAUGGAUAUUUAUUACUACCUUGUCAAUGAUAUUUCGGAUCCCAGAGUUUCUGACUGGCCUUUAAUGUCAAAUCCGCUAGUAGUAACGUUGAUUUCAAUUGUUUAUUUGUCGUUUGUGCUUUAUCUUGGACCACUUUAUAUGAAGAAUAGGAAACCUUACGCGCUUGUCAAAAUCAUGAUAUGUUAUAAUAUUUCUGUCGCAAGUGCAAACGCUAUUAUAUUCUAUGGUAUACUCACAUCUGGUUAUACAACGCAUCUUUCUACAGGAUGUGAGCCCUUUGUAAUUUCAAGCGAUUCCAUGUCACUUAGUAUGGCUCGAUGGGUAUGGUGGGUUUUAAUGCUGAAAAUUGUUGAACUUGCAGAUACAGUCAUUUUUAUUCUCAGAAAAAAAUAUAAUCAAAUUUCAUUUCUUCAUGUGUAUCACCACACAGUGACUCUUUUUUUAGCGUGGAUUUCCUGUAAAUAUGCACCUGGUGGUAUGUGGACUUUUAUAAUGUUACCUAAUUGUGCAGUACAUGUAGUUAUGUACAUAUAUUAUUUUUGUGCUUGUUUGGGACCUAAAAUGCAGAAGAUAAUAACUCCUUGGAAGAAACAUGUGACUCGCUUACAAUUGAUCCAAUUUGUUAUUAUGGUGGUCCAUACAUUUCAAGCGCUUCUACCGUCUUGCGAGCCAACACGGAAACCAUUAGCAUACAUUUACAUAUCUCAAGUUGCCUUCAUGUUCUAUAUGUUCUUAGACUAUUAUAGAAAAUCGUACUUGAGAAAAAAAAUUGAGUAAAUAUUAAAAAUAUCUUAUAAUAAUGUAUUAAUUAGUCUGAAAGCGUAGACAUGGAAGAUUCGAUGCAUUCGCAUUGGUUUUGAAUAAAUGUCACGUGAAUGAAUAUAAAUGAAA